UUCAUCCUCAAGCUCAGACCACCGUACGGUACUGCUGUGGAACGUUUUCUAUCAUACCAUCUCCUGUACGCUAUGAAGAACGGGUUCAAAGCACUCAGACUAAAACUCAAGGCUUUUUCUUGCCGGGCCAUACAUGAUACCAAGAUUCUAUCGCAGUGGCCUGAAGAACCACUUGAUCUUCCUGCUGAUCAAAAUGGCGGAUUCUAUUCUGCGACUCUAGGGAAGAAACUCAAUUCAACAUAUACCAUUGUUCGGAAACUUGGAUGGGGUCAGCACUCCAGCGUCUGGCUGGCGAAGCAUGAAGGAGAACGCGAGCAGCAGUAUGUCGCAGUCAAGAUAUUGACAUCACAUGCGACGCAAGUGCAACAUCAGCUUUCCAACGAGCUUGGUUUGCUACAAGCUGUAAGAGAUUUGGCACGGGAGUCAAGUAAUCCUGGGCGAACCCACGUCGUUACAUUGCUAGACAGUUUUGAAGUAUCGAGUACCCAAGGCCGUCAUCUCUGCUUGGUGCACGAAGCUAUGGGCAUAUUUCCAAAGAUCAGCAGUCUUGGUUUCCCAGUUCCGUUGGUCAAAGUUGUGGCAAAACAACUUCUUCUGGCCUUGGAUUUUCUACAUCGUGAAUGUCAUGUGGUUCAUACCGAUCUCAAGCCAGACAACAUCCUCGUCAAACUUGAUAAUGUGAAAACUGCUAUUGAAAUCCGGGAGGAAGAGUCACGCUCCGUAGCUCCCAUGCAUAAGGUCUCGUCCAAACCUCGGCAUGCUAUCCUGUCUCGUCCGUUACGUGUUCUUAGCUCGGAUGAGCUUCUCGAUUCGAUUCAGUUGUCAAAACUUGAUGUCAAAUUGACCGACUUUGGUACCGCCGUCUCUGUAAAUGGUUUCCACCCCGAUAUUAUUCAACCUUUUGCUCUACGCGCGCCGGAGGUUAUCCUUGGAUGUGAGUGGGGUACAAGCGCAGAUAUCUGGAAUUUGGGAUGCUUGAUCUUUGAAUUUCUCACAGGUCACUGGCUUUUCGUACCGCGAGGAGGACCUACAUGGACCCCAGAAGCAUACCAUCUUGCGCAUAUGCCUGCUAUGGCUGGAGAAGAGUUUGAUACCACUCAUUUUCAGACCGGAAAACACUUAGGGAAAUAUUUCGAUGACGAUGGCAAACUUCGCAUAAAAGUUGAAGAGAUCCAAGGUUUGGAAAAUGUUCUUGAAUCCUAUAAAGUGGUCGGCGACGACGAACUGUCUAUGUGCACCUCGUUCUUGCGGUCGAUGCUUAGGUUAAAACCGUCGGAUAGAGCAAGUGCAGCAGAUCUCAUGCAACAUGAGUGGUUGAAGGUCUAGUUGCUUCUUUAUCAUAAUUAAGGACUUAUGUUGUCAAAAUAUACACAGAUAAUUACAAGACAUUCGACUCUCAGAUUCGCACAUAGCUUAAACGAUUCAUAUACUGAGUCUAUCCGAGUCAGACUAACCGUCAUGGAUGCAACAGCAUCUAGCUCAGCUUUGAAGUAAUCUGAA